AUGGCUAGAACUAAAUAAACUGCUAGAAAGUCCACUGGUGCUAAGGCCCCCAGAAAAUAACUCGCUUCCAAGGCCGCCAGAAAGUCUGCCCCCGCCACUGGUGGUAUCAAGAAGCCCCACAGAUUCAGACCUGGUACCGUCGCUCUCAGAGAAAUCAGAAAGUACCAAAAGUCCACUGAUUUGUUGAUCAGAAAGCUCCCCUUCUAAAGAUUGGUCAGAGAUAUUGCUCACGAAUUCAAGGCUGAACUCAGAUUCUAAUCUUCUGCCGUUCUUGCUCUCCAAGAAGCUGCUGAAGCUUACCUCGUCGGUCUCUUCGAAGAUACCAACUUGUGCGCUAUCCACGCUAGAAGAGUUACUAUUAUGACCAAGGAUAUGCAACUCGCUAGAAGAAUUAGAGGUGAAAGAUUCUGA